AUGCACAAAGAUGGUGUUAAGAUGUGUUCUCGGUCGGAUGGUGCUUUUGAUUCAGCAAUUACUGAUCUCGUUCUUGAUCGGAUUUUCUCUCGUGCUGUACGAACCACCAGGAAGGAUGCAAUGAGUCUCAUUGAUUUUACCAACUUUCUACUUGCAGAGGAGGACAAAACUCACCCGACGAGCCUGGAGUACUGGUUCCGGGUUUUGGAUGAAGAUGGCGAUGGAAUGUUAUCGAUGUAUGAAAUGGAACGAUUUCACCAACCGGUCAUUGCAAAGCUCACCGAAGAAGGCAUUGAUUCGAUGUCGUUCAGAGAUGUGGCAUGUCAGAGUGAUAUGACCGAGAUGAUUGACAAGACUGCAAUGCAGAGGCCUGUUGGACCGCCGGGUUACUGUAGGCUUCCCUCUCACUGCAUUGGGAUACACGGUUGA